AUGGGCGAUACACUCGCUGUACAUGCGCUUCAAGACGCUGCGCGGGCCGAGUACGAUGUAAUUAUUAUUGGCGCCGGUGUGAUGGGUGCAUCGCUCGCGGCCGCACUUGGCCAUGCGGGACGCCGCGUCGUGCUUAUUGAGCGCGACCUGAGCGAGCCGGAUAGGAUUGUGGGCGAGCUGCUGCAGCCGGGGGGCGUGCGUGCACUGCAGCUCAUGGGUCUCGCAACAUCGUUGGAAAAUAUCGACGCGAUUCCUGUGCAAGGGUACCGCAUUUUCUUGGGCAACGAGUCGGUCGAGAUUAAAUACCCCAGUCUGCCAGAGCUCCCAGCGCGGUACGGCCGGAGCGAGCCUUUGGGCAAAGACGACAAGUAUCAAGGCCGCAGUUUUCAUUAUGGGCGUUUUGUCAUGAAACUGCGCGCACUGGCGCGUGCUUCACCAAACGUAACUAUCGUGCAAGCCACCGCACAGGACCUUGUCCAUGGCGUCGACCAUGCCGUCGUCGGUGUGCAUGCGACGGACGGGGGCAACCAGUAUACGCUCCGUGGCAGUGUGACUGUCAUUGCAGACGGGUGCAAUUCCAAGUAUCGCAAGUUGUAUGGGGGUAAGCACAUGCCGAUUGUGCGUUCGCACCAAGUAGGGCUCCUGCUUCCGCCCGACGUAGCCAUCUCGAAAGAGCACGGGCAUGUGAUUUUGAGCAAGGAUACGACGUGCGGCGCAGAUGGAAAGCAUGUGCGUACCAUCGGCCCCGUGCUCGUGUACCAAAUCGGGUCGGAUGCGACGCGCAUAUUGGUUGACACGCCGGGUCCGACGCUGCCCUCGCAAACGAAUGGCGAUUUGCAGCGGUACCUUGUGGAAGACGUAGCGCCGAGGCUUCCUGGCAAGAUUGGCACGGCACUCGCUGAAAAAGUCAAGAGCGGCGUGCGCCCACGCACUAUGCAGAGCAGCUACUUACCGCCCAGUGUCCAGGGCCAGCGUUUGUGCCAAAAGGGCCUUAUUCUUGCGGGCGAUGCCAUGAAUAUGCGUCAUCCAUUGACAGGGGGCGGCAUGACAGUCGCGCUCUGGGACGCCAUCUUUCUCACUCAUAUUUUAGGUGAUGGGUCGUGGACGCCUUUGCAAGGAAUGCCAAACGCGUUUUCCGUCUCGAAAGCUGCGCGUACGCUCACGGAUUGGAACGCCAUCCAGCCGGCGCUGCGGACGUGGCACUGGCAGCGGAAACGGCUCUCGAGUGUCAUUAAUAUCCUUGCCCAGGCGCUGUACAGUUUGUUUGGCACGCCAGAUGACAAUCUUGUUAUUCUGCGCAAGGGCUGUUUCCGCUACUUUGAGCGUGGCGGCGCAUGUGUGCGCGAUCCAAUCAGCUUCUUGGGCGGCAUCGCGCCGGAUCCGAUGCUGCUGGUGUAUCACUUUUUCGCAGUCGCCGUGUAUGCCGUGCUGCUCUUAUUCCGCGGUGAACUGGACAAGGACAACCAUGCACGGCCGCCGCUCCAUGCAUACCCUGCGCUGCUUUUCCGCGCGAUUGUGGUGCUAUAUACCGCUUGUGUCGUGAUCCUCCCCGUCAUUUUUGCAGAAUUACGAGGCAACCUCGUGGAGCACAGCCUUGGGGAAAUGCACACGCAAAAACGUAUUCUAUCCGUCGUAUUUGCCGCCGUCGUCUUGGCACUGGCGUUGCUCUCCAAGAUCCAAAAUGCCGCUGUCCGCUCGCCCGAGUACGCAAAGGACCCGAAGAACCCUUACGGGCCCACCUACGAAGCUUCCAUUGAAAGCCUGAAAGUAGAGGUCUAUGCCCAGUGGGCCGCGCACAAGGAUCACCAGAUGAUCACUCUCCCAAACUCGAAGGAGAAGGGUUUCACGGAGAUUUACAAGAACGCUGCUUUCCCCGAGCUUUCGAAAUUGGAGAAGCCGUACGAGCUGUUCAAGAAGGUUGUCGCCGAAACCCCCGACGCUAACUGCUUUGGACACCGUCCAUGGGACGAGGCGAAGGGUGACCUUGCGAACCACUUUGUUUGGCGCAGCUACGCCCAGGUCGACGCGGAGGCAACUGCGCUUGGCAGUGCUGCGUCCUACUGGCUGGAGCAGGGUCUGCUCAAGCCGCGCCACACCAAGGAUGGCACCGCUUCCGAACCUGGACUGACCAACUUUAUCAUCGGUUUCUGGGGCCCGAACCGCCCCGAGGCUGCAGUAUUGAGUCUGGCCGCCGCUGCGUAUUCGCGCGUUACUGUCGGCCUCUAUGACAACUACGACGCCGGCAUCUCGUGCUACAUUCUGAAGCACAGUGCCGCGCGUAUUCUCUGCACCACCUCUUCGUACGUACCCAUUGUGCUCCGCAAUGCCGAGAAGCUUCCCGCACUCAAGGUCAUUAUCGUGGUUGACCGCCCCGGCCCGGCCAAGAUGGCGCUCGGCGAGCUGCAAAAGAUCCAGCUGAUCCGGGAGUGGGCCGCGAUGCAGGAUAUCCAUGUGUUUGGCUACAAUGAAGCUGUCGAGACUGGUCUCGCGAACCUGCGCCCCAGCAACCCCCCCACCAGCCCCGACUUUGUGAUGGCACUUUGCUACACGAGUGGUACUACGGGCCUGCCCAAGGCUGCGAUGAUCACAGACCGCAUGUCUGCGUGCGGUGUGUCGGGUAUUAAACUAAUCAACCCCGAUGACAAGCUUGUCACUCUUUCCUACCUUCCACUCGCGCAUAUUUUGGAACGCGGCUGGGAGGCAUUUAUUUUGUGCUCCGGCGGUGCCGUCGGCUACUACUCUGGCGAUAUCACACGUCUCCCCGAGGACCUGCAAAUCCUCAAGCCCUCGGCGCUCCCCGCUGUCCCUCGUGUUUUGAACCGCAUCGCAGGACAGAUUGAGGCGCAGAUGGCAGGCGGCGGCCUCAAAGCCGUGCUGCUACGCAAUGCGAUUAAUGCCAAGAUUCGCAACUACGAGGCCACGGGCACCAUCACCCAUGCCUUUUGGGACCGUCUUGUUUUCCGCAAGGUCCGCGCCAUGCUCGGCGGCAAUAUCCGUGUGAUGAUCACGGGCAGUGCACCUUGCCGCCCCGACGUGCUGCGUCUGCUGCGCCUUGCACUCUGCUGCGACAUUCGCGAGGCAUACGGUCAGACGGAGAAUGGCGCGUACGCUACAUACAUGAUCCCUAACGACGCGAUCCUCGGCAACGUCGGCCCCGUCAACCCCGGCAUUGAGCUGCGCCUGCGCGACCAGCCCGAGUUGGGCUACUCUUCUGAGGACAAGCCCUACCCCCGCGGCGAGAUUCUUUUCCGUGGCGACGCCGUCUUCCCUGGCUACGCCGGCGACCCGGCAAAGACUGCCGAAACGCUCCUUCCUGGCGCCGACGGUCGCGGCAACUGGCUGCUCACCGGUGACGUCGGUCAGAUUGACGAGUACGGCCACGUAAAGAUCAUUGACCGUGUCAAGAACCUGAUCAAGCUUGCACAGGGCGAGUAUGUGGCCAUUGAGCGCGUCGAGAACGUGUUUGGCUCACACCCCAUUGCCCAGCAAAUGUGGCUCUAUGGCGACUCGUUCCAGCCCCACCUUGUCGCUAUCUGUGUCCCCGAGCACGAGCCGUUUGCGCAGUUUGCCUCCAAUGUCCUCCGCAAACAGAUUGCCCCUACGGACCUCAACGCGCUCAACGAGGCAGCCAAGAACGAUGCCGUUAUCGAAGCCCUCCUCCGCGAGUUUAUUGCCCUCGGCAAGCGCCAGGGCUUGGGCACACUUGAGCAGAUGCGGGCGCUCCAGAUCCGUAUGGACCCCUUCAGCACCGAGAACGGCCUCAUGACACCCACGAUGAAGGUCAAGCGACAAGAAGCAGCCAAGCUGCUCAAGGGCGACUUGGAGUUACUCUACAAGAUCGCGCCGUACGACCUGAAUAAGGUCCAGGUUUCCAAGGCCUAG